UCUCUGAUUCAGAAACGUCAACAGUUUUCACCAACACAAUUAAUUUUGCCUUUACAACGCACGAAACAGAAUUUUUACAACGAUUUUUCACAGUAAUUAACGAACAGAAAGUUUAUAAUUUAUAAUAGUCGUCAAAAACAAGUGUUCGUGUACGGGAAAUCAGUAAACUCGUAAUUAAAAUCUAUAUGCAAAUAAGGAAAUUUUGAAUAAAAAAAUAUAUUUCAUAGGUGGUCUUGUGUUCUUUGCUGCUGUGUACGAGAAGAAAAAACAGGCAAAAGAAUGCAAAAUGAAAAAUGUGAAAAAGAAAACCACGAAGGCAAGAAACAAUGAUUUAGUGGAAUAAAACAGUGGAAAAAGGUGGUGUACAACAUUGAGUUUUCUGUCACUGCCAUUCCAUACGAUUUGUUGGCCACCAUAACCACUGAUAGAAACGCAAUAACUAUUAAUGGAGUGGAGUAUAUAGGAAUACAAUAACAACAAUCACAGUCCGGUGAAGAAGUGGUUGUUUGUAAGUGUGAGUGGCUGGGGGAGCAAGAGUUGAGGCACCUGUCGCGGGAGUUAUUCGUCAUCACGUCGUCUACUGUCGGUCGUCAUUGCCAGUUAGUAAGCAAAAGCAAAACAAGUCAAGAAAAAGUGGGCCUCCAUCUCUUCUUCGCCCAUUGGGUGCAGGAAUAUUUAGAAAAAGUGUGUGAAUUAUAAGUCAAUAUUAACAAACCAAACGACGAACAAGCAAUCAGUACAACAACAAAACAAAAGUGAUGAUCAUCAAAGAUGUUAACGAAUUAGCACAUCAAAUCCCUAGCAAAAAAUACAAAAAUUCUAGUGUUGUGAAUUUUUCGGAAGAACAGAAGAGUAGCUAGCCACUUAGCUAGUGUGCUCGUUCAUUCCCUAUCAUGUUUACGAAAAAGUCCCAUGCAGAUAUCAAGAAAUCCACAGCAAAGCUACAGGAUUGCAAAAAGGAUUCAGCAUCACGUCUACGUCAUUUGCGUACAAUAUUAGAUAAUGUUGACCAUGAGGAAGCCAAAUCAUUGUUCGAAAAAAAUUACAGCCAUGUGUACUUCAUUUUAUACGACACAUUUAUUCAGGCGGAGGCGAAUUUAAAACAAAAAGAACUUCCGUUCCAUAUUGUUCACAAAGCCCAUCGUGAAGAAUUGGAUGGUUCGCUAUGGCUGCUGGAGAAGAUACUUUGUUUGCUGCCCGAGUUGCUGGCUCGACGAUGGCAGUGUCAUUCUCUCAGUCGGAUCAUGGGCAAAUUGUUACAUUUGGGGAAUUCGCCAAAGUUGCGGAAAGAAGGUGUACGAUAUUUCCUCCUUUGGUAUCAGGCAUUGGGUGAAAAUGCUCCCACCUAUGUACAUAAUAUGUAUGCGGAUUUAAUACCGGGUCUCAUUGUGCCCCAGAAAGGAUUGCAGGGACCCGAUGUGGAGUUCAGUCCAGGGGAUUUUAUAAAUCAUCCAAAUAUGAAAGUGGAGGGAGGCAUAACCUCAGUUUUUCACGACAGUUAUUCUCAUCCGGUACAAUGUUCAGAGCUUGUAGCUCUGUUGCCACCAUCGUCAAGUGAGAAAUCACAACCGCCCGAUCCUCGCGAUGGCUUGGAAAUUCUACUCAAUAGUAUGGUACAGACAACAGCAUGUCUGAAAUGGAGUGAAAAUCACGCACAAAAAGAUCACAAGGCGUUUGCCUUUUUGCUGCAACGCUUCAAGGAUGUUUUUCUACCAGUAUUUAGUCCGAACUUUGAUUUCACAAUGUCUGUGUACGAACCGCGUUUGGAAUUGCCAGUUAUGCGUUCGAUAAACAAAAAGGAGGAGGUCAUGGCCUCGUGUGUGGUGGUACUGAUCAAUUGGUUGUCGCGAUUUACCCACGAACGUUUGUUGCAGCAUCGUUUAGACAGCGUUCAUAUAGCUGAGGCAGCCGAUCAUAUGCGCCUGCAUGCCUACCAGCAGGGGCUAAUAGUUCGCGAUGUCCUUUAUUCGACACGAGAAAAUGUUAACUUUAUCCAUGAAGUGUAUCGGCAAGCGUUCUUACUGAACUUUACAACCAAAGCCCAAAUUGAUGCUAUACGUUGUUCCAUAGCUGUGUAUCGAGAUUGGAUGACUGGAAAUACACCUCCACCGUUUUUAUUGGAACCAGAGGAUUCCACGGGUACUGCUAUGCAACAACAGCAACAACAUAACAAUCGAGAAAAUGCCGGCGGCACUCCCAAGGCGAAUAUACGCAUGAGGAAUCCCUCGUAUGUUGGUGCCAUGGCUAAGGAUAAUGUCGGCGUGCGAGCUGGUCUGCAAAAUAUUCUUCAGAUAUUUGUAACAAAUGCCGCGAAUGUAUUUUUGGUCAAUACAAGUACUUUGAACAUAUAUUUUCCCACAAAGUCCAGAGAGUUCAGUACCACUCCGCUGCAGGAACAAACCGAAGUUUGCAAAAAGGUCUUAAGUGUAUAUCGCACAAUGGUUAUGAACACCCCCAUGGAGCCAAGGACUUGGGAGCAGUUAUUGUUGGUAUUGUUGCAGGUAACAUCGGUAGUGCUGCAACAACAUCCCCCGACAGCCGCAAAGAGUUCGAGUUUGGGAGGCAUUCUCGGUCAAGCGAUUUUCCAAACACUGAUCGUGACGUGGAUACGUGCCCACACUAAUGUUCCUGUCAAUGUCCAACUUUGGGAAAAGUUUCUUGUCGUUCUCACUUCGUUGACAUAUCGAGAUGAAUUGAUUAUUGAAUGGGACAAAACCAUUCAAACUCUAACCCGGGUAUUUUCGCGUUAUGUUUAUUCUCUGAAUUUACAAGAUUUGCCUUUGGAUAGAUUGGCUGAGUCAAAGGGUAAGCGCAGGCGCAUUGGUGUUUGGCAACAGACAUCCUCAGUAUCGAAUGGUUCGGUACCUAAGGAAAGAGAAACGAAAGAUUCCCAGCAACAUGAGCGUGUCUCAAAUGCCAGUCGAUCUGAAGAAAAUUCACAAGCAACCUUAUUACCAAGCGGUCGGAACAGUGCGAAUCUUAGCAAUGUUCAGAAAGUCGGAAAUAGCUCUCACCGCUAUCCGGUUACGCCUAUAUUGAGUCGGAGUUACAGCGAAGGUAGUUUGGCUUCAAUGGCUCGUACAUCACGGAUACGCCGAAAGGCCAGACAUCCAAAAUCACAUCAACCAAUUGUUGAGGCCCCUCCUAAUUUACCUACCAGCGUGGAGCACUCUCUCAAUACAAUGGCACAGCAGAACUCAAAUACACCUGAAUUAAUGCAGAAUGUUGAAUUAGCAUGUCCUGUGACCAUGAUCAGCAAUGAUAUGCGAAGAGCCAUGUCUUUGGAUUCGUUGGCCACAUUAAAAAGGUCUCGAAAAACAAAGCGCCUUAGGCGGACCACAAACAACGAAGAUGAAAUCGAUGAUUUAGAUGCUGGUGCUGGGGAUGAAAGCAAUGAUGAGGAUUCCCGUAGUCCCUCGCCCACUGCAAGUAGCGGCAUAGAAGGUGGCUCGAUUAAAGAUGCUCAAAUACAAAUCGAUGUGUUGGCCGUCGACAGUGGUGGUAGUUUGGGCGAAAGUGAAGGCAACUCCGGAUCGUAUCAAACGGAAAGAAGGUCGAUUAUUUUGGGGGGCACAGCUACGGGUUGGUUGCCUGACUCCACUGCGAUUAUGUGGAAACGUAUGCUGGGAGCUCUAGGCGAUGUCAAUCGCAUACCCAAGUCAGAACUGCAUGCUCAAGUCUUCAAGCAUUUACUUGAUAUGACCAUCAACCUGAUUAAAAUCAAACACAACCAAGGUAUAUCAACGGACAAUCAAACAACUCCACCGCCACCAACCUUGGUGCCACCGAUUGGUAUUGUGGCACCGUGGUGUUAUGGUGCCCUCACAUUGGACAAGUCAUUCAAAAAGGGCAAAUUGUGGUCUGUUCAAUUGUUGUGUAUGCUGGCAGUUAAUGGUGCAGUGACAGGAAUGCAGCAUCUACCCCUGUUUUACUAUGCCUUACACCGCCUGUUGACGGGAGAAGACCGGGAAUUAAUUUAUGCUGUUCUCAAGUAUUUGGAGGGUCCUCGCUUCCUCAGCUUGCUUAUGCCAGGCCACACUUUGCUUUUACUAGACAUUGUGCAUGCCUCCGCUAUUUUGUUGACCUCACUCGAGGCCAAUCGCACAACACCUCGAGCAGAGGUUGCCGCUUUAUUAGGAACUUUACUGUGUUAUCCCUCAACUUUGUUGCCGAGGCCUUUAUUGCAACCCACUCCGCAGCAAUUCGAGCUAAUGGAAUGUGCCGAUUUACAAGAUCACAUUUUAAAUAUUGUGCUACGCUGUGCGCGCAGAGAACCAUCAGCUAAAGCUAGAUGUAUAGCUCUCUCCCAAUUGGGACAAUGGAUUCUAAUGAAACUAUCUAAUCCAUUGUCAUCAUCUCAAGUUGAUAGUCCCAAAUUUCAGCAAGCUAUACCCCAUGCCAAGGGGCAACAUAUUAAAGAUGGACAGCAUCACAAUCACCAAUACAAUCCUCGUAUUAAAGAAGCUUUACAAGUGCUGCUGCAGGCACUACAGUUCAAGCACCGGACGAUUGCAAUGGUUGCCGUGGACUCUUUAAAGCUCUGCACGGAACGUGGUGCCGAAUUGGCUUCUAUUGAACGAAUGCCCCAAUUGAUUAUCACGGCCAUUUGCAAAGCUUUGGAAAUACAGAAUGUCACGAAUCCCAAGGAUUCGGACAAAGUGGUGCUGACAGCUUUAAUGUUGUGUCUCGGCGAGUAUUGCAUGGCAUUCCCUCCGACCAUAAUGCUGGAAUCUAUCAAUGAAAAGGGUGACACAUUGGUUUUAAUGGUUUUGAGAGUUCUGUUGCAAAUCGCCUCUGGAGCUCCACGACAUGAACGCGUCAAAUUGACAGCAGAUGAUGAUUUCGACAUGCACAUAACUGCCGAUGAUCUGAGCGAUGAUGGUAAAUUACCCGAGGCUAACUACCAGACAUCUGAAACUAUACAAACGUGCAUAACUGCCAUUAGGCUGUGUGCCAAAGCGGUGGCGAUGCAUUUGGUAACCCACCUGGGUCAUUUUCCCAUGGGCAUAGGUGCUGCACGCUUAAGUUCUUUGGUCGAAGAACAAGACGAUCUGAAUGGCUACAAUGGAUAUGGUGGAGGUGGGACAUCUCAAUCGGCGGGUAACAAUCAAAAUUCUGUAAAUAGUGUGGAAUUGCGUCGUGAUUCCGUGGAAUUGCCUUCAAUACUACAUGCUCAAAAUAUGCAAUUGUUUAUGUUGAAUCCUGGUUUGGUGGCCAGUUUCAUAGAGCUGCCCACACUAAAAUUACCAGGUGGUGGCGUGACCGCUGGUUUGGUAACGGCGGAGAAACAAGUUCGUGUAUUGUUGCGUGAUCUCAACGGUAAAGCUUGUUGGGAUGCCUCAAUAUUGUACAGCGAGCCGAAACGUGAUUGCUCUAAAGGUGGUGUGGCCGUGGGUGGUGAGGGAUUGACAUCUUCUCUCGAUUCACGCAUGGGAUUUAGUCCUUCGCACAUUCAACGUUUGAAUCAAGUGCAGCCGAUGGAUUCGUUAAUGCAUUCUAUGCAAGGUAUAGACAUAGGUCCACCGCGACACAUGCUAAGGCACAGGCCAUUGGGAGAGUUGCCGUUGGCAACAGAUUUGGCGCCCGAUCUGGAUCAAUUAGAUGAUCUCUUGUCUUAUGUGGGACACACUAGUCCAGAAUGUCUACCCUAUCCAAUGGCACAAUUAAACGUUCCCGGUCCCAGCCCACUUGGCAGCAAUGCUGAAGCACAAGCCAUUUCUGUAAUACUCAACCAAAGAGCAAUGGAACAGGAAUUUGUUUCAAAUCUCAAUAUGCAAGCAUUGCAACUGCCACCAGGCGGUGGAUGUGGAGGCGGAAGUGCAACACCCUCGUUAGCCGGUACUGGACACGACACACGAUCUUUGCAUUCUAUGCAUGAGCCCAUAUCGCAUAACUCUUUUGAAUCGUACCACAUGUCCAGCCUGAAUGGUCGCAAUGAAAUACCAUUCCAAUAUUGUCGUCUGCUCUUCUCUCAUCUCGGUUUAGCCGGGUGGGAGAGAAGAUCACGGACACAUUUAUUGCAACGUACUGAGAAGCUUUUGCGCGAAUUGCGCAAUGUCGACUUGCAAAAGUGCCGCGAAACUCACAAAAUGGCCGUUAUAUAUGUGGCCUCGGGGCAGGAGGAUAAGAAUAGUAUUUUACGCAAUGGCAGUGGUAGUACCAUGUAUGAAAUGUUUGUCUCCGCUUUGGGUUGGGAGAUUGAUUUGGAGACUCACAACGGUUUCUUGGGCGGUUUGCCACGUCAAGGUUGUGGAGCUACGGCGCCUUAUUAUGCUACACCAUUCCUGGAAGUUAUUUAUCAUGUCGCCACACGUAUGCCCUCCGAUUCGCCAGAGGCAAUCCUAUUGAAAACGAGACAUUUGGGCAAUGAUGAAGUUCACAUUGUUUGGAGUGAACAUUCACGAGACUAUCGUCGUGAUAUACUGCCUACGGAGUUCUGCGAUGUCCUAAUUGUGGUUUAUCCACUGAAGAAUGGUCUGUUCCGGGUGACUGUGAAUCGUAAACCAGAAGUACCAUGGUUUGGUCCCUUGGCAAAUGAGAGUGUUGUUAGCGGUGCAUGUCUGGCAACACUCAUAAGAGCAACUGCCAUCAAUGCAAGUCGGGCUAAACGUGCGGCGUUGCCGCUCUAUCAGCAAUAUUAUGAAGAACGUAAUCGUUCGCUGGACAGUGUAUCAUCCCGGUACAAAGAAAGUACUACAUUUGAGGAUUUUGCAAAUCGUAUUUACAAUCCCAUGCCUAUAAAUUCCUAUGCAACUCUGAGGGAUACUAGCAACAAUUCUGCACCUUUAGCAGCGGCUCUAAUUGAUCAUCAAAGAUCGUCUGUCAAAGGUUGGGUACAAGCUUCAAUUGAUGCUAAUAUGAAAGAAAUACCAUUGGGUAUAAUGCCAUCGGCUUCAGCGUCAUCAACCACCGCGAUGGAGGCCAUACAUUCCUCCAAUUCUCCACGAGGUGCUCGCAAACUUGGUUCCACAUUCAAGGCCGCCCCUAAAAGGAACGCUCUUCACGGUUCGACCAGCAGUUAUACCACGCCUCCAGAUAGUCCAACAUUGCCAUUGCGCAAAUUUAAAUAAUAUUUAAUUUUCUCUAGCCAAGAAAGGGAUAGUUAUUAAGGGUCAAAAUCUGCAAUAGAAGUAUAUCGAAACAAAGAACGAAAUCAAUCUCUAAAAUAAACCCUAAACAGCGAAAUAACCAACUAUCGGAUAAACGAUAUAUACACUUUAGCUAUAAUGAAAAAUGAGAACUACUUAAAAUUAAAACAGAAUUAAAUUCAUUCCUUCUUUUUAUCAACUAAGAGUGAGCAUAAGUUUUAUUUUUAUUAAUAUUAUUAUUAUGAUUAUUGUCUUUGUUAUUUAAUCUGUGAAAAGAAAGCAAAAUAUCGAAAGAUGCGCAUUUGACAAAAUGUUUUAAUUUUUGUUUUGUUUUGCCGGUAACGAAGCGCAUUUGUUCUGUAGGCAUUUUAGUGGUUAAUUUUUAUGUAUUAAUUCUUUUUUUCAACACUUAUGUUUAUAUUAGAAAACAAAGCAUUUUUAUUGUUUGUGUAAACAUAGAAAAAAAAAAAAAACAACAAUCAAGCAUAAAGUAUUUAUUUAUUCUAUUUAAAAAUCCAUUUUUAAUGUUUAUACUAUUCUAUACUCCCUACUUUUUGUUAUUUCUUUUGAAUAACAACAAAAACAUAUUUUAGAAUUUCUAUAUUUUAUUUAACUAAUGCUAUUCGCUUGUUUAAUUUUGUGUUGAUUUCAAAUUUGUUGAUGUUACGUAAACACAGGUAAAACUAAUCAAUAUGUUAGUUGAUUGUCUGUUUUUGUGGCAGCACAAAGAACAAGUAGUGUGUUUUUGUUAAUUAUGGAGCUACACAGUUUUUAUUUAAAUUAUCUGUCCGAAGUUCAUAUAUUAUUGUCGUAAAUAAUAAGUACAUACAAAUAUUCAAACCAGUCAAACUUUAUUUGAAAAGGGAAGUGCUUUUAUUAAUGUUGUGCUAUAUGUCAGCACGAAAAAUAAAUUUACCUUUGAUGUUGUCAAUGGACAGGAUUCCCCAUUUUGUAUUCGUUUCAACAGAUUUCGAUGAUAUAUCAUUCAGUCUUGAAUUUUUCAUUUGCAAUUAAAAUAUUAAGUUUGAUUAUUAAAAAAGAAACGUUUUGCUAAAGAUUUUUCUAAAAGUCCUUUUGAGCAGAUAUUACUGUUUUCAACUUUUGAUUUUUACAGCUCGAGUAAGCCUUAAAAACAUUAACUACUUUUCUGAAUUUGAUUUGUGCUAAUCAAAUGUCCCAAAUGAUAUACAUGGUUACUGAGGUUAUUCUGUUUAUUGCGGCGAUCGAACAUAAAAAAUAAUUAACUCAGAUGUGUUUAACUUCUUUGAGAGUAAGAGGGUGAAUUUUCUAUUGUGAAUGCAAAAUACACAAUGAUUUAUUUCAAUAAAAUUGAAAAUAUGAAAGCUGCUCCAAAGAGGAAUGUGAAUAUCGUUCGCCUUAGUCUAAUAAGUCUGAGUCUUUACUGUUUUUGAAUGAAAACUCAUUUCAUAAUGUUUAAAACGAAAUUACCUUUUUAAACUUUUUUAUAGAUUAUGGUUUCGAAUAUUCUUGAGUUUGUCGGUCGAGUUGUGAAUGUCGUCUCGGAUAGUCAUUCGAAAGUAAUUUGUCAUCAAAAUAAUUGUUCGUUAAAUCCAUAACUUUUCUUGGAAAUAUUUGGUAGUUCCAAUCUGUUUUUUUUCAGCACUCAUAAACCGACCCUUAAAACUUUUUCCAUGUUCUAUAUAGUAGUUGUCUGUCUUUAUGCUGCCAAAAAUGUCAUCAUUUAAACAAGUUAUUAAAAAAAAUCUGGUUUUUAUAACUUGCUGAAUUUCAUCAACGAUUCAAGAAAUCUUUUUGUUUUUAGCACAAAUAAUAUGGUUUUAAGAUACAAUACACAUGUACGUACGUAUUAUGUUUGAUAUUUUUAAAUAAACGAAUUUUUAUUUCUCGUAAACAACUCCAAUCAAUCGUCCAUAUAUUAGAUAGAGAUGUAUUUAAAUAAAAUUAUAAUUUUUAUUUUGAUUAUUUUUAUGGAAUACUUAUAUUUAUUUUCAAUUCUAUUUAUUUAUGCUAAUUUACGUUAUUAUUUAUUUUACUUACUAAUUUAUUGUCAUUAGAAUUUCUUUAUGUGUAUAUGAACAUAAUGAACAAAUUAAUUUAUUUUUGUGUUUUUUUAUCUGAUUACUUCCCUCCUAUUCAUUCAAGAAAAAAUUAUUCGGUUCUUUUAGAAUAGUCGCAAAAAAUUAAAUUGAAAUCGCUGCAAGAAAAAAAAAAAAAUAAUGAAAUCAGAAACCAAAUGUCUAUUUCUGUACGAUUCCAAGUAAAACCGUUUUUGUUUAUUUUUAUUUAAUGAGAACAUCUACAAUUUAUAUGUUCAUUUCAAUAUUGCAAUAAGGAAUCCGAAACAUUUGUGUUCUCCCUUUUAAGUUUGGCAUAAUUAUCUUACAUUAAAAAUAAAAAUAUACAAAAUAUAAAUAGUAUUAAAACUUAUAUUGAAAACAAAACCUAUCUUCUAAGUAUUUGUAAUUAAAAACGUAUAAGGUUAUUUUUCUAAAUAAAUAAACGAAAUUAUAUAACAAUAAUCUACACUCAAUAAUUGAUCAAUAUAUGCUUGCAACAAUCGCCAAUAAAUAUUAAACCGCUUGAAAAAUUCUUAACUAAUAUUGAAAACAAAAUCAAUUUUAUUCCCAAUACAUUUUUAUACUUAAAAAAUUUUUGAAGCAAUUUCCGCAUAUUUGUUACGUUACUAGUAUUGGGUUUUAAAAAUUAAGCGUUUGUUGCUAAACAAUUAAAAAAUAAAGCGAAAUUUUAAAAUAAUCAACAAUAAGCAAAAAUGGUUAACAGCAAAUUGAAAAAUAUUUUUUCUUAACAAACAAAAAAAUUAAAAACAAACAAGUGUAAAAUUUAUUUUAUUAUGCAAAAUAUAUGCACCACUCUUUUUUAUUUAAAUAAUUAAAUAUUUAAUAUUGUAACUAACACCAAUUACACAAAUUAAACAAAACAAGAAAUUAAACGUAAAUACAACACAUUUGUAUAUUACUAAAAUAGUAACCUUAUAAAUAUAAUAUAUAAAUUCCUUAUCCACGUUUAUAAUUCAAAAAAAUUGCAUAUUUCGUAUGUAUUUGUAUGAAAUUGCGAAAUAAAAAAAUCUACUUCAAACUAUUAUACCCCUUAA